GGAGUGACAGAUGUCCUGUGUGAAGCCUGUGACCAGUUAGGAUGGAAGGUACCCACAAAGAUCCAAGUCGAGGCUAUUCCAGUGGCUCUCCAAGGCAGAGAUGUCAUUGGACUUGCAGAAACUGGCUCUGGAAAAACAGGAGCCUUUGCUUUGCCAAUUCUUCAAGCACUGCUGGAAACACCCCAGCGAUUAUUUGCUCUUGUCCUCACUCCAACAAGGGAGCUGGCCUUCCAGAUCUCAGAGCAGUUUGAAGCUCUUGGGUCCUCCAUUGGUGUCCAGACUACGGUUAUUGUGGGUGGAAUUGACACGAUGUCUCAAUCUCUGGCUUUAGCCAAGAAACCACAUGUUAUAAUUGCAACCCCUGGCCGUCUAGUUGAUCAUCUGGAGAACACAAAGGGCUUCAACUUACGUGCUCUGAAGUUCCUUGUGAUGGAUGAGGCUGACCGGAUUCUUAACAUGGAUUUUGAGACAGAGGUGGAUAAGAUACUAAAAGUGAUUCCCCGAGACAGGAAGACAUUCCUGUUUUCUGCUACCAUGACCAAGAAGGUUCAAAAACUGCAGCGUGCUGCACUGAAGAAUCCUGUUAAAUGUGCUGUUUCUUCCAAGUAUCAGACAGUUGAAAAACUACAGCAGUACUACAUUUUCAUCCCCUCCAAAUUCAAGGACAGCUACCUGGUUUAUAUCUUGAAUGAACUAGCUGGUAACUCUUUCAUGAUAUUCUGUAGUACAUGUAACAAUACACAGAGGACUGCUCUACUGCUCCGCAACCUGGGGUUCACUGCCAUUCCUCUCCAUGGGCAGAUGAGUCAGAAUAAACGUUUGGGCUCUCUAAACAAGUUCAAGGCAAAGGCACGUUCUAUUCUGCUGGCUACUGAUGUUGCAAGCAGAGGUCUGGACAUCCCACAUGUAGAUGUGGUGAUAAACUUUGAUAUUCCUACGCACUCUAAGGAUUACAUUCAUCGUGUUGGGAGAACAGCUCGAGCUGGGAGAUCUGGCAAAUCCAUCACCUUUGUUACACAGUACGAUGUAGAACUAUUCCAGCGCAUUGAACACCUGAUUGGCAAGAAGCUGCCAGCAUUCCCCAUGCAAGAGGAAGAAGUUAUGAUGCUGACGGAGCGUGUGGCUGAGGCCCAGAGAUUUGCUCGAAUGGAGCUGCGGGAGCAGGGAGAGAAGAAGCGGUCUCGGAAUGAUGAGGAUGACACAGAAGAAGCUAUUGGUGUCAGGAAUAAGGUGGCAGGUGGGAAAAAGAAGAAGAGGAAAGCCUUCUAGUUUGGUAUUUGGACAGACUUUUAAUUUUUCUCUUUAUACCUAUAUGAGCUGGAAAAAACAGUCUACCAAGCCAUCUUGAGUGGAGUUUUAUUCAGAGCUGCAUAUGAAAUUAGGCAGUGCAUCUGGAAAACAACUUCCUUCUUCUGCUUCACCAGCUACAGACUGAACUUGGCCCACUGUAUUACCAUGGUACCCGUCUUCCUUUCAGAGACACCAUCAGAGACCAUCACUUCUGGGCCUGGAAGCAUCUGUGGUCUGGCCCUGCUCCUUCACAAAGUGCAGUGUGAGUGCAGCUUUUGCACUGCUGCAGCCUGUCUCACUACCCAAUCUCACUGAGUGCAUCUAGGGUCAGAUAGAUCUGUUGAAACACAGAGAGGAAAAAGUUAAAAGAAGUGAGUUUUCACAACAUGGCUGUGAUGCCCUGGCCUUAGUGAUGGGAU